UCCAAUAAACAGAUGAAUGAACUUGGCGAUUGAUGUACCGGUUAUUGGCGAUAUCUUAAUUCAUGCAAGCAACCAUACAGCAGAUGAAAUCUUUCAGCAUUUCCCUUCUCUCUCCCCCAUUUUCAUAGGCUUACUAACUAGUAAACAGUGAAUAUGUGCGAAUAAUGAGCUUUCUUACUCACUAGCUUUUUUUUCUUCUUAUUGCAUAGUCGACCUUAGGAAAUUACCUUUCUUGACGCAAUCUAUCUGUAGCAUGAUUAAUAUUUACUUGCGUUUUCAAACAUUCAGUAGAUAAUGGUGUGUAAACUUCGUCUGUUUAGUCUCUAGAAAAAGUGAAGAAGUUCCGGAUUUAAUUAAAACCAUGUCUAAAUCAGCUUAUGCCAAAUGCUCAGACUUUUUAAAAACAGUUUUUCUAAUUUUAUUUAUCCACUUCUGUACUUCUGCGCCCGUUACAGAAAAUGCGUAUAUGCAAUUUAUCGCAGAAUUAAAUCGCAACAAAUGUUCUGUACCAAGUCAAGUUCAACUUCCCUUUGAUACAACUAAAGUAAACAAUUUCGAAUAUUUAUCGACCUAUUUGGAAAUAUGUCAAAUGACAGAAUUAGCCAAACGUAAUAAAGAAGCGGUUGUUUUGUGCAAAGAAAUUUUCGACAAUAUAAGAAGCAUAUCCUGUCCAACAAAAAUUGCACUGCCAGACAUCAAUGUGAAACUGUCGGAAAACGUUUGCAAGGACAUUAAUGCAAAAAAGGAUUCAAUACCAGAAGAUGACAAGAGUCUGUUGAAAAGGCUUACAGAUGGUUUCCUUUGUGAUAUUAUGUGCGACAGUGAAUUUGAAAAAGCAUGCCAAGUCCUUCUGUGGAGUUUUGAAGUUCAGAAACUUAUUGCUAGUGUUGCAAAUGCCCAAGAACCUGAACAGCCUAAUGCACAAGAAAAUGAAGGAGACGCAAAUGGUGUUGCAAAUGUCCAAGAACCUGAACAGCCUAAUGCACAAGAAAAUGAAGGAGACAUAAAUGGUGUUGCAAAUGUCCAAGAACCUGAACAGCCUAAUGCACAAGAAAAUGGAGGAGACAUAAAUGAUAAUUUCAGGCAAGAUAAUGCAGUAGAUGAUGUCAAUCCUCUUCAAGUUAGUAUUGCUUCAGAAAAUGGAAAAAAGAGUACUAAAGAAGCAAAAGAUGUGAAUGGAGUUAUUGAGUCUAAUGGAGUGAUUGGAGUAUCUGAACCCCACAUUUUAGAAGAUAAUCCUGAACAAAAACUUGGUGUGAAAGUUAUCUCUGAUAAAAAUGGGAAACAAGAAAAACUUGUUUCAAAAGAUAAAGAAGUAAUCUUAGGAAAUCAAACUCUUCCUAAGGCUGAAAUUCCAGAUGGUGCAUCUAAAUCCACCAAUAAUUUUAAAACAUCCAAUACUCUUUUUCACCAGAUAUCAGUUGUACAAACUUCCAAUUCAGAUGCUGAAACCGAGCCAAUGAGUGAAACAACAAAGGUUGGAUCUGAUGUCCAGGAUAUAAAUAAACAAGUUCAAAGCAAUGUUGUUAACAUGCUUGUUGCACAGCAGGAUGAAGUUAAUACUGGAAAUGUACUUUCUCAGGGUCCUGCUACUAAUGUUGCCAUUGAUGAAGAAUCUCAAGAUAUUAAUGUCAAUAUAGUUCAUAAGGACACUAACAUUAAGGAACAUCCACAAGACAAUUCUAAUGUUCUUGCCAAAGAAAAUGUUUCAUUAAAUGAUGGAAAUGUUCCUAAUACAGAAAUUCUUGAUCAAACAGCUCAAAAAGAUCAGAAUUCUAAGUUCUUUAAGAAUAAUGAACUUCCUCAUGAAUCAGGAAAUGAAAAAAAGCCAAAUAAUGCUGCUACUAGUUUGCACAAUGAUGGACAAAUUGCAUCUGACGUUGUGAAUACCCUUGCUCAAAAUAAAUUUCAAAGUACUUCCAGUGGUGCUGAUAAAUUCGCUGAAGAAACGGGCGUUCCCUCUACUGACCGUCAAACUAUUAAAGAUACAACUCAGCAAAAACUUGUGCAUGUGGCUAUUCAAAAUAAAACUGGUAUUGCUAGAAAUGGAUCUAAAACAGAUCAAACUCAAAUUAAUUCUGGUUUGAAGAAGGUGGAAGUUCAAGAUCACAUUAAUACAGACAAAUAUGCUCCUGGCUUGAUUACUGAUGAUGGAACUAAGAAUACAUUAAAAGAUCAACAGAAGACAAAAGUUGCACAACAAACUGAAGAAACUGAUAAUGCAAUCCCAUCAUCUACAGGAACAGCAAUAGCUGCUGAUGAGAAGCAUCCUGAAAAUGGUCAGAAAUCUAAAGCUACAGUUAUAAAUCCUGACAGCAAAAGUGUUCCACCAAAUAGUCUGACUGAAACUUUAACUAAAAGUACAGUGGCUCUUGAAAAAAUGGAAGGAGGUAGUGACCUUCGUCAACCAGCUGAUGAAGAAGCAGAUCAUUUUGAAGAUUUGGAAAACACUGAAGAUGAAGAAUAUUCCAGACCAGAAUAUGAUGGUGGUUUGUAUGAAGUUUCUAAAAACAAAGAAUCUAAUCCAAAUGUUCCAAGUCCCAUUACUAUUGAUAAAGAAAUUAUCACGAGCCAGAAUGAAAGGCCAAUUGAAUUUCCAUCCAGAAAUUCAUUUGGACAGGAUACCAAUGACAUUCAGAUGAUUGCAGCCUUUCCAGAACAAGAAGACAGUCACUUCUUCUUUUAUUUCUUAUCUAUUGUGUUGAUACUCAUGGCAGGAUAUUUAAUAUUUCAUAACAAGCAAAAGAUAAUUGCAUUGAUUGUGGAAGGACGUCAUGAAAGAAAUCGAAGAUCUCAUAGAAUUGGAUACAAGAAACUGGAAACUAAAUAAUACUUCAUUCAAUAAAUUUUCAUUUGUAAAUAAAACAGUUUGUUCUUGUAUUUCAAUACUUUGUUUAUUUGUUAGGGAAAAAAUACUGUUAGUGAUUCAAUCUAGAUACUAUUUAUUACCUUGUUGAUAAACAAUAAAAUGAACAAUCCAUUAAA